CUGGAGCCAGCUGCGGGAAUCUGCGAGUUCCGCGCACGUCUCCGCGCGUCGGGUUCAGCGCAGAGUCUCCGGCAAGUGAUCGACAUGUCGUCCCCGCAGACCCCGGAGGAUGGGCAGGGCGGUGGCGACCCCCCCGGGGACCUUCGCAGCGUCCUGGUCACCAGCGUGCUCAACCUCGAGCCGCUGGACGAAGAUCUCUUCAGAGGAAGGCAUUACUGGAUACCCACAACCAAGCGGCUGUUUGGGGGUCAGAUCGUGGGGCAGGCCCUGGUGGCUGCAGCCAAGUCUGUGAGUGAAGACAUUCAAGUGCAUUCCCUACACUGCUAUUUCGUUCGGGCAGGGGACCCGAAGGUGCCAGUCUUGUACCAGGUAGAGCGGACGCGAACAGGGGCGAGCUUCUCAGUGCGCUCCGUGAAGGCCGUGCAGCAUGGCAGGCCCAUCUUCAUCUGCCAGGCCUCCUUCCAGAAGGCCCAGCCCAGCCCCCUGCAGCACCAGUUCUCCAUGCCCGCGGCGCCCCCACCGGAAGAGCUGCUCGACUACGAGACCCUCAUUGACCAGUACUUAAGGGACCCUAACCUCCAAGAGAAGUACCGAGUGGGCCUGAACCGGAUUGCUGCCCAGGAUGUGCCCAUUGAGAUCAAGCUAGUAAACCCAUCCAGCCUGAGCCAGCUGCAGAACAUGGAGCCCAAACAGAUGUUCUGGGUGCGAGCCAAGGGCUAUAUUGGGGAGGGCGACAUCAAGAUGCACUGCUGCGUGGCUGCCUACAUCUCGGACUAUGCCUUCCUGAGCACAGCACUGCUGCCCCACCACUGUCAGCAUAAGGUGCACUUCAUGGUCUCUUUGGACCACUCCAUGUGGUUCCACGCCCCCUUCCGAGCUGACCACUGGAUGCUCUAUGAGUGUGAGAGCCCCUGGGCUGGUGGCUCCCGGGGGCUGGUCCGUGGGCAGCUGUGGCGUCGGGACGGGGUGCUGGCUGUAUCCUGUGCCCAGGAGGGCGUGAUCCGAGUGCAGCCCCCGGUCACAGAGAGCAGGCUGUAGCCAGAGGUACCAGCUUGGCCUGGGCUUCAAGGAUCUCCCUUCUCCCCCCACUCCUGAGGCGAGGCAGGAAUUACAGUUGAGGGCUGGGCUUUGUCCCUCACCCAAUAAAGAGGCUGCUACCACUGGA